AUGGACGAAAAGGAGCUCGCAUUUGAAUCGACCAGCCUUGAUCUCCAAAUCGGGAUCCCGCUCACCUCGUUCCUCAAGCAGAGCAUCGACCCCCUUAAACACAGAGUUAUGUUUGCAAUCUACAACACCACCGACAGAAGCAUCGGCAUAGCGGCGUAUCAGUGUAGCUACGAAUCUCACCCUCGUGCUUGUCAAGACAAGGCCACCUUCAUGCAAGAUAUCGAUGAGGACAAAGUGGUUGGCAAUCCGAAGUACUUCUCUAGACACAGUCUCCCCAUACUGGAUAGGCCCGAUUUGCCUCUCGCCUUGCAACAGUUGAAGGCCGAUGGCGUCGACAUUGACGUUGGCAUUAUAGCUCCAAAGAGUUACGAGUAUUUUCAUGAUGAAAGCGAUCUGCUCCCUUGCCCCCAACAUGAUUUCCUGGAGGAGAAGAUCUUUCCUGUCCAAUUGGAUAUGGAUUUCAGCAUGGAAGACUGGAAGAGCGGCAAGGUGCAGCGGUUCCUCGACGACGACACCAUAGACCCGGUCACUCUGUAUUGGGAUUGGAGCGCCAUGGACGGCCGUCUUGAGAAAGGACACUGA